AGACCCAGCGAGACCCUCAGCAAGGAGCGCUGGCACAGCGUCCUGGGAUCCUCGGAGGCUCUAAGUGCUGACGAGGCAGACGAGCAGUUCGGGUUUGCUUGUGGAGAUGCCAAGCUGAGCUGCAGCGAUGAUGACAGGGAGCAUUUUCAAUUCAAAGACAUCAGGGAUGGCUUCAGCUCAACUUUUGAGAAGAUUGUUGAGUCUGACCUUAUGAAGGGGACAUACUACAGCAGCCUGGACUCUUUGGAUGUCCUCUCCCUCACAGACGAGACAGACAGCUGUGUCAGUUUUGAGGCCCCACUCACCCCACUGAUCCAGCAAAGGGCCAAGGAAAGCCCCGAGCUCUUGGAGCAGAAACUGGCAGCCCAGCAGAGAGAAGCCCUUCACCACAUGGCUGCAGAUAAGCAAGAGCAGGCAGCAGCAAAGCCAGCAGAGGGGGAUUUUGGGAGCCCUCUCAGACACUCUAUUACCAGCAGCAGGUCAGAGAACGUGCUGAGCCGGUUGUCCUUGAAGAGCAUCCCAAAUGGGUUCCACGUGGAAGGGUCAGAGGAAGAUGCCACCAAGAUCAUUAACUCCAUCAGUGACGCCAGCCUGAAGGACACACUCUCAGACUCCGACUCUGACAUGGGCAGCACAGAGCAGUUGGAUCAGGGCAGCACAGACACCUUGGCAAACGGCUGCAGGGCAGACAGUGAGGCUGCCAAGAGAUUGGCCAAGCGUCUUUACAACCUCGAGGGGUUCAAGCGCUGUGACGUGGCACGUCAGCUUGGGAAAAAUAAUGAAUUUAGCAAGUUGGUAGCAGAGGAGUAUCUCAGCUUCUUUGACUUCACUGGCCUGACCCUUGACAAAGCACUCAGGACGUUCUUGAAAGCGUUUCCACUGAUGGGAGAGACGCAGGAGCGGGAGCGAGUGCUGAUUCAUUUCUCCCGGCGAUACUGCCAGUGCAACCCAGAAGAGAGCACGUCCGAAGAUGGGAUUCAUACGCUCACCUGUGCCCUGAUGCUGCUAAACACAGACCUCCAUGGCCAUAAUAUUGGCAAAAAGAUGUCGUGCCAACAGUUCAUAGCAAACCUGGAUGGGCUGAACGAUGGGAAGGACUUUGCAAAGGAUUUGCUGAAGACACUGUAUAACUCCAUCAAGAAUGAGAAGCUGGAAUGGGCCAU